AUGUCCGGUCCAAGCUCUCAGAUGACAACGUACCCGGAUGUUGAUUCUGUGUUCAAGUCCUUGGGAACGUGGGGAAGAUGGCAGAUCGUUCAGUUAAUACUCAUCCAGCUACAACAUAUGGCCGCUGCCUUUCAGUUACUGGCCAUCGUGUUCCUGGGUUACGAGCCACCCUUUUCCUGUCUUGUCGACAACACGACUGGGCUGUUAGAACACAAUGUUACACAUUACGUUCAGGAAGGCGAUUGUAAAGUGAGGGAUACUUGGACAAACGUGACGUCACCAUGUCACCAUGGCUACUGGUAUGAUGCGCCACUGGAGACGGCCACCAUCGUGACUGAGUGGGACUUGGUUUGUGACAAGGAAUAUCAGAUGCAGCUGACACAGACAAUCUUUGUUGCCGGCCAAGCUUUAGGAGCCACUGUGAUGACCAUAUUAGCUGACCGCUACGGCCGAAAGUGGGUCUGCAUCAUUAGCCAAUGGGCUGUAUUCGCUAUUGGAGUAGGAACGGCGUUUUCUCCCAGUAUUCUCGUUUUCUCCAUCCUCCGAUUUCCUACAGGAGCUUUUCAGCAGGGUAUCAUCAUGACAGGGAGCGUUCUGCCACUAGAGAUAAUCCCGGUAGAGAAGAGGGCCAUCGUGCACCUGCUCGGUGCAGGUACCUGGAGUAUAAGCCUGACCCUCAUCAGUGGCCUUGGUUACCUCUUCCAGGAGCACAACUGGCGGUAUCUCCAGCUGGCUUUUAGCAGUGCAUCUCUUGUGGCCAUUCUCCAUACAUUCCUUCUAGAUGAAUCCCUCCGCUGGUUGUACGCAAACAACAAAGGCAAGAGAGCAGCACAAAUCAUUCAAAAGGCUAUCCGCAAAAAUAAGGCAGAUAUCAACACAGUUCUGCAAGCAUGUCUGGAUUACGGUGAUAACAAGCCGAUGCAAAUGAAGGUUGCCUUAAAGCCUGUGACUUUACAUCCAGUCACACAAGACCAUGAUAAUGCGCUAGAUAAUAAAUCUACUCCGAAAGAAUCCCUACCCAACAUAUCAGCCGCAAGCAGUCUUUAUGACAACGAACCGACCGGCCGUCUGGAAAAGUGUACGCCUGCGGAUUCAAAGGUUACUGCUUCCACGAAAUCAGAGGAAGUUUUGGGCAACAACGGGAGGUUUCACGAAGAUUCGAAACCCAGCGUAAUGGGGUUUGUUCCGGAUCAAGAGGGAGAUAUUAAAGCUUCCAGCCCUAGGACAACGUCAGAGGAAUCCGAUGAAUUGUUACUUGAUGACAAACUUGUUGCUCCUACCACAAAGAAGUACACAGUUCUUGACGUGAUUAGAAGUAGGCGGUUAUUAUUGACAGCUUCCGUCACAUGCCUCGGAUGGAUUGUGAAUAGCCUGGUGUAUUUUGGCCUGACAUUGGCCUCAUCUAAACUGGCCGGAGAUCGCUUCGUCAACUUUGCUCUGAUCGCAGCUGUGGAGCUUCCCUCUGGCAUUAUCUCUUAUCUAACAAUGCAACGAUUUGGAAGGAAAGCUACAAUAUUUAUCUUUGAUGGCAUCGCUGGAACGACUCUCAUUGCUGCUGUUGCGUUGAAAGAGGUGUAUGGGAACGGUCUUGCCGUCACUGCUCUGUCCAUAACUGGCAAGUUUGGAGCCUCAGCCGCGUUUGGGUCUCUCUUCACAUACACACCAGAGCUGUACCCUACAAACCUCAGGAGUCUGGGGUUAGGCAUCUCCUCUGCAUCAGCACGUAUUGGUGGCAUGAUCGCCCCUUUCUCGCUCCUCGUGAUGAAGUACUACCCGUGGGUACCAGGUACUGUAUUUGGAAGUCUAUCCCUGGUAGUUUGCGGUUUGGUGCUCUUCCUACCGGAGACAAAAGACAAAGAACUGCCUCAAACCAUCGAGGAGAUAGAGAAAUGGUCCAAGAAAUAG